UAUUUAACAACUGACUGAAAUCUUAAAUUAAAAUCCUUCUUAAAUGAAAGCAGAAUGCCUAAUAUAUCAAUAGUAUUGUUCUUAUUGUCAAUUACGUGCGGUGGGUAUGGAUCUCAACUUCCGACUAUGACGAAGUCGGAGGUGCAAAAUAUCAUAAAUUGUAUCAGUGACUCAAAGAAUUUUCACGCCUGUAAGCGAUAUGAAGAAUGUAAUGAUAUGAUGCCUCAGAGUGUUAUCAAACGAUUCGAAAAAUGCCAAAAAAUUCUCAACGCCCCUUGGAAAUGUAAAAAAGGAAAGCCACUUUUCUCUAAUCCGGAACCUCCCAGCAAGAAAUGUGCUAAGCAGUUACAUAAAAGGACUUGCAAGAUUCCUCAGUACCAGUGACUUCUAAGACAAAAACAUUUUUUGCAUCGCAUAAUCAAAUGUUUAAUUUAAAUUACAAUAUUUCACAUACGCACUAAAGUGGUACGAUUAUGAAGUAAUAAUAAAAA